UGUUCUGGUCUGGUCAUGUGGACUGUGUUCCAUAAACAACAUGACAUUCUGGCUCAGUGUGACCGGAUAUCCUGUCAGUCAAAGGAGGGAUUUUACAUGUCCCAUGAUCAGUACCUGAAGGGAGAUCUCUCCCUCACCAUCACUGAUGUUGAUUACACUAAGAGGACCUGGUACACCUGUGAGUGUGGUGGUGUAGACAUCUGUGCUAUGAGCCUAGGGAUAGAGGCAUUGAGUUCUUCAGUUUGGAUCAAGUCCAAUGAAAAUCUGGUGCUGGAUUUGUUCAUAUCGGAGUCAGUGAAGGUGAUUUAUAACAGCACAGGUGCAGCUGCUCCCUCUAGUGGACAAAUCUGCACAGUGGCUGGAAGCUCAUUACAAUGUAAAGAUGAAUACACCCAGAGAGCAUCUCUUAUCUCUGCUGUUGAGCUGAGAGAAACAGCACCAUCUGAUAGUGGAGUUUACACGAUCUGGGACACCAGUAAUGAAGAGGUCAUUCACACAUACACAGUUACUGUUGAAGAAGUCCAGCCAUGUCCAGAUGAGAGCUCCACAGUGACGGUGUUGGCGGUGCUCCUGGCUCUGAUGGGGGCAGGGCUUGUGGCAGCAGGGCUGGUGAUUGUGCAGCUGAGGAAAAAAAUCAGCAGCUCCAGAAAGGAGGGAAUCUGUUGAAGACGCUGAUGAACAUGUCUCCUGUGAGGGGGCUUUUUCGGGGAGUCAUAAAGGACACAAGGGCGUUUCUGAAACAGGAAGUCACUCUGGCUACGUCUACCUUACCCAUGAUCCUCUCCUGCAUGCAUACAUACACAACAACAAAAUCAACAUCAUCGCACCAGCUGGACCAGCACACACACACAGGAGCAGUGUGUGGGUGUGUUAUACUACACCUGUGUGGCAGGAAUGUGUGCUGUAUCCGUUUCCUUCAUCACACCCCUCAACACUUUAACCAGAUAGAGUGUAGCAGAGAGAGACACACACACACACACACCCACACACACAGUAUGAAUCACAACCAUCUAAACUGGCUGAGUUUUCCUGUGUUCAUUUCAUGGUUCACUUUUGCCUGCACCACUUCACUCUGAGAAGCAGCACAGUGAACAGCAUCAUCUGUUGGGGAUGAUCUGAGACACAAUGGCACCAUGAGGACCAGGAGGAUAUGAGCUGUAUACAAGACUUCAUGUAUAAACAAAUGAACAGAAUUAGGAGCUGCUGUUCUGUAAGCAGAGUUUAGUUCCAGCUCCACUCCACGAGAUCUACUGCCCUGCAGACUCUAAUUGCAAGUAUCUCUACAUGAUUUACACAUACAUUAACCCACCAUAAACAGUCAUUAAUGAAAUAUGACAAAAAAUCUUAGGUGUUUUUCUGGCAUAACUCCCACAAUAGCCACCAUAGUGCACUAUAAAUUCUCUCUCUUUUCUAACUCUCAACUACACGAACAAUCCAAUCUGCAAUACCUAGCAUCAGUUUCUGAUUGGCUGUGUGCAAGUAAAUCAGGCUGUUCCUCAAAGAUGCAUAAGUUUAUGUAGAGAUUUAGGUUGUGCUGCUUCUCUCAACUAACUGUUUGACCUUUCAAGCACUUUAUUUCUGCCUUGAACCUAAACUAUUUACACAGCUAUUACAGACAGGUCUACCAGCUAUAUCUGAUACUAUGGGAUCAAUACAGCGUUGACAAGAAAUUAAACUGAAUUCAUACUAUCAUCAUAACAUGCCCGUGACGGUGCAAUUAGCAAAAAGAUUUAUUACAUACACACCUACAGGCCGUGUCUGAUUCCAUAAUGUACAGAAGUUUUAUGCUUGCAUUUUAUCAGUGAUGAAAGUGUUAGUCUGGGGAAAAAAGGUGAAAAAUUAAAGCCAGCCUUAACCUCA